AUGUCGCACGCCCGCAUAGAAGAAGUCUCCGACUCCGACCCUGAGAUCGACGACCCAGAAGCCUUCCUGCCCGAUUCCUCCCAACAUGCCCUGCAACCCGCGUCAGCGCCCCAUAGCGCAGUGGCCGCCACAGCUUCCACAAACCCGACUCUCCUCCGCAAUGGACCACCCACGUCCUUCUCCGCUCCCUCACACCAGCAGUCGGCCAGGAACAACAACCUCCCACCAGAUCUCAAAAGCCACUGCCUUCUCUACCCAGUCUAUUUCGACGCAACCCGCACACGCUCUACUGGCCGCCGCGUGCCUCCGUCGCUCGCGAUCAAGAACCCGCUAGCCUACUCCCUCAUCUCUGCCCUCCAGUCCAUUCUCAAGUCAAACCCCGCGCCCUCCCAACUACAAAUAACAUUUGAGCCCGACAAGCUCCAUCCCAACGACUGGGCCAACCCCGGCCGUGUACGCAUCAAGCUAUUCGAUACAGAAACACACAAGCCCUUACACCCUGGCAUCAAAAGUAAAGCACACCUCUACAAACUUAUCGGCGAAUAUCUAGUCGCGAACCCAACACAGAAAGACAGCCCCCUGGAUUUGCGAAUCCAAGGUCUGCCCAUACCGGAGAACUUCCUCGAGGAGAGCGGCGAAGUCAAGCCGCCGCGAGGAUGGAAGAUGGGCACGAUCUUACCGGUACACAGUGCUGCGGUGAGUGGUGGCGGGGUCAGUGAGAAUUUCUUGAAGGAGGCGAUGGAGGAGAUGAAGGCUAUGGGCGGUGCGCCUGGAGCAGGAGGCAUGCCAGGUGCUGGUGGGGGAGGGAUGCCGGAUAUGGCGGCGCUGCAGAGCAUGAUGGGCGGGAUGGGGGGCUUGGGUGGGAUGAUGGGUGGUGGAGGAGGUGGGCCGAGUGGUGGAGGGGCGAUCGAGGGAGGUGGCGGUGGGAAGAAGGGAAAGGGAAAGAAGAAGUGA